AUGAGUGGCUGUAACCUCUCAGAGAGAAGCUGUGAAGCUCUGUCCUCAGUUCUCAGCUCCCAGUCCUCUAGUCUGAGAGAGCUGGACCUGAGUAACAACAACCUGCAGGAUUCAGGAGUGAAGCUUCUGUCUGCUGGACUGAAGAGUCCACAUUGUGAACUGGAAACUCUCAGGCUGUCAGGCUGUCUGAUCAUGGAGGAAGGCUGUGCUUCUCUGGCCUCAGCUCUGAGCUCCAACCCCUCCCAUCUGAGAGAGCUGGACCUGAGCUACAAUCAUCCAGGAGACUCAGGAGUGAAGCUGCUGUCUGCUGCACUGGAGGAUCCACAGUGGAGACUGGACACUCUCAGGGUGGAGCCUGCUGGAGUCCGAUGGUUGAGACCAGGUCUGAGGAAGUAUUCCUGUGAACUCACAGUCGACACAAACACAGUGAACAGAAACAUCAAACUGUCUGACAACAACAGGAAGAUGAUUCAUGUGAAGGAGGAUCAACCAUAUCCUGAUCAUCCAGACAGAUUUAACUGCUGGGAACAGCUGCUGUGUACAAAUGGUCUGACUGGUCGCUGUUACUGGGAGGUGGAGUGGAGAGGAAUAGCUAAUAUAUCAGUGAGUUACAGAGGAAUCAGGAGGAAAGGAAACAGUGAAGACUGUCAGUUUGGAUACAAUGAUCAGUCCUGGAGACUGUUCUGCUCUGAUGGUGGUUACUCUGUCUGGCACAAUAAGAGAGGAACAUCCUCCUCCUCCUCUGUCUCUAACAGAGUAGCAGUGUAUGUGGACUGUCCUGCUGGCACUCUGUCCUUCUACAGAGUCUCCUCUGACACACUGAUCCACCUCCACACCUUCAACAGCACAUUCACUGAACCUCUUUAUCCUGGGUUUGGAGUCUGGUACAGUCCUGGUUCUGGUUCCUGUGUGUCCCUGAGUCCUGUGUAGGAGGGAGAGUCUCCUCCUGUCACAGAAACAGAUCAUUUCAGUCUGUACAGGAUCACAGUUCCCUUCAUCUUUCAGCUGAUUGUAAUAAAUGGAUCAAUGAACUUUGUAGAAACGGAUUCAGACUGAUUGAAAAGAUUCCUCAUUGACAUUGUGAACUUCUUCCACUUCCAGUCCUUUAAAGAUGGAAGCUGUGAUCAUUCAGCACAACUCAGUGGAGGUGAACAGUUGGUUCAACUUGAAUCUCUUCCACCAAUGUGACGGGAAAAAAGAAGAUCUCUUUCUCUGCAUAUUUAAUUAAUAUCUCACAAUAAUUCCUUUAUGUUACUAAAUCAACAUUUGGAGAAUUUUGUUUUCUAUUUUGUUUUAAUGAUCAUUUUCUUCAAUAAUCUGUAUUUAGAUAUAUUUUACACUCUGGUCUGUUUUCUGUUCCAAUAAAGCUCCUUUGAAUUCAGAUCAAUAAA